AGUUUGUUUCGUGCUGCAGCCCUUAUGGACACAAAUGUUAUGAAAAAAUACACACCUGAACCAACUGAGCCAAGUGACCAUUUACAGUUUGAUCAGGGUAGGUUGUCUGCUUGUCCUUAAUGUUAGACUCACUGAGUGUGUCUUUUCCUCUUCUUGAGCUUUACAGAUACUACACUUAUUAUAAAAUGCAAAUGUGAUUUUUUUUCAUUUGUUAACUACAUUAUAUGUCAUUUUAUCCAAAAAUUAUCAUCUGUAUUACAUAAUUUUUGGCAUCCUAUUUGCUUGAUCAUUAAAAACUGAAUAUUAUUUAGAGUUGAUGGCAGUUAGUUUUAAAGUUUUAUGCAUUUAUUUAAACAUUGAAAAAAUUACUUUAAUAUAUAUGUAUGAAAUCUUAUAUUACAUCUAAAAUUAUUCUUUAUAAUUAUACAACAUAAGUCACACAAAUUAAAAAUUACCAAUCAAUUUACCAUCAGUAUCAUCUUGAUAGCAAUGAAAAAACAGCAACAAAUUUUAAGCUGAGACAGUGCAAAAUUAAACUUUUCUAUAUUGGCUUAUAACCAUAGAAAUAAAGUGACCAAUCCGCUUUGAUUUAUUUAUUUAACAACUAGAGAAAGGAAAGCAAGUUUAAAAGUUAAAAAUUCUGGUACCACAGGUGAAGAUAGGUGGCUGUGCAUACUUCUUCUUCAGCAAGGCUACAGAAUUGAAUAUGCUGCAGAUGCCUGGACCUUUGCGCCUGAAGGGUUUUUUGAAUUCUUCAACCAGCGUUGUCGCUGGAUGCCCUCCACCAUCGCCAACAUUCUGGAUUUGCUGGGGAGCACCUCAAUGACAACAAAGAAGAACCCCAAUAUGAGCAUUUUGUACAUUUUGUUUCAGUGGCUGUUGAUGCUAAUGACAAUGCUAGGACCUGGGACCAUCCUCAUGAUGAUUGCUGGUAAAUAUAAU